ACCCUCCGUGACCUCUGCAAUCCCUCCAUUGAACUCGCUCGCCGAAAUCAGCAGAUUCGUUUAACCAUUCGUGUAGAAAGAUAAUGGGUUGGAAGGCUGCUCAGAAACUCAUACAUCACUGGAAGGUUCUCAGAGGUGAUAAUGUUAUGAUAAUUAGAGGCAAAGAUAAAGGUGAGACGGGAAUCGUUAAGCGUGUUGUACGUUCACAGAAUCGUGUUAUUGUGGAGGGCAAAAACCUGGUAAAAAAGCAUAUUAAACAAGGGCAAGGUCAUGAAGGUGGGAUAUUUACAGUUGAAGCCCCAUUGCAUGUCUCUAAUGUGCAGGUUCUAGAUCCAGUGACUGGGCAACCAUGCAAAGUUGGAAUCAGAUACUUGGAAGAUGGCACCAAAGUAAGAGUUUCCAGAGGUAUUGGAACAUCAGGCUCCAUUAUUCCUCGUCCUGAGAUCUUGAAGAUAAGGACUACACCAAGACCAUCAGUUGCUGGGCCGAAGGACACUCCAUUGGAAGAUGUCUUGGAGAAGACAUAUGACCCGAAAACUGGAAAAGGCAUGCCAGAUCUUUAAGGAAUGCUACUACUAUAUUUGUUGUCAUGUUCAAAGCUUUUGAUGCAGUGAAGCACAAGUUGGAUCUUAUGAUGAUAUAUUGAUAUGGCUGUGAUGUAUGUUCUUUUUUCAUAUAAUCAUAUGGUAACUUGAUGGCCUAUGCAUCAUCAUACAUACUGCAAAACAUGAAUGAAAUUUCUACUUCAUCUGCCUCCCAAUAAUGUUUUUGGGUUUUGGGACUCAAAACUCUUUGACACUAGCUGUGUAGGCUAGUGAAUUAAACCAUUUAUCAUGUGGGUCUUGUAGUCUA